CCUGGCGGGGAUAGGGCCCCGGGCGCCUUGGGUCAGGCUCAUGGCUUCUCCUAGCAAGGCUGUCAUUGUCCCAGGCAACGGCGGCGGGGAUGUGGCCACGCAAGGCUGGUACGGCUGGGUGAAGAAGGGGCUGGAGCAGAUACCUGGUUUCCAGUGUUUGGCUAAAAACAUGCCUGACCCAAUCACAGCUCGGGAGAGCAUCUGGCUGCCCUUCAUGGAGGCGGAGCUGCACUGUGACGAAAACACCAUCAUCAUAGGCCACAGUUCCGGGGCCGUCGCGGCCAUGAGGUACGCAGAAACCCAUCAGGUGUACGCCAUCGUGUUAGUGUCUGCGUACACGUCCGACCUGGGGGAUGAGAACGAGCGUGCAAGCGGGUACUUCAGCCGCCCCUGGCAGUGGGAGAAGAUCAAAGCCAACUGCCCUCAUAUUAUGCAGUUUGGCUCCACCGAUGACCCCUUCCUUCCUUGGAAGGAGCAACAAGAAGUGGCUGACAGGUUGGAAGCCAAAUUGUACAGGUUCACCGACCGCGGCCACUUUCAGAACACGGAGUUUCACGAGCUGGUCAGCGUGGUCAGGUCCAUGCUGAGCGCGCAGGCGUAGACGGCGUGGCACCUGCUGCCGGGCACGUGGGCGUGGGAGUGGGGCAGCGAUCAGACUAGUUACAGACCGCAGUUCUCAGGUGACUGCUGGACACACAAAGCGGGUCAAAUUGAGUUCCAAAGAAGCCUAAAAAACACACAAGUUUCCACGUUCAAACUAAAUUAAAAACAGCAUUUUCAUUUUCUAUAGACUCUGCAUCGCCUCAAAUUGCUAUGACCUAAAGCAGUAUUUUUCCCAUUUGAUAAGGGACAUGGGACAGCUUAACCACCCUUAUCUGUCCAAAGUGAAUAAGACAGAAAUGAAACCCAGGUUUCCUGACUCCCAGUGCAGACUAGGUCACAGCCGACCUGGUCAGUGUAAGACCAGACUGGUGAGGAUUAGGGCGACGUGGAGAGCUCCUGCCGUGCUGUCUGGAUUGUUGCCAUGUGGGAAUUCAGCAGCGUAUUGCCAAUUUCCUGAUUUUUCAAGGAAAAAAAAUUCAUAUGGUGGUUUUUGUAUUUAGGGCCUAUGAGUGUAUGUAUAUAUGUAUAAUCCAUAUGUACAUGAAUUAUGUUCAGUCCAUAAACAUAUGGGGUCUGUUAGUUGGCAACUACAGUGCAAGUACAAAGUUUGCAAACACCACAAGGCACACAAAGUCCAAGCCGUCCUUUGUGACAUCUGCUGCUUUGCUUAGACAGGAGCUUAAAUGGUUCUCUGUAAAGCCGAGAAACGGACACAGUGUCAAAGGAUGAAAUCAUGGGAACAAUUUGGAUUUUGUUACGAAGUCUUAAAUAUUGUUCAAACUCAUCUUUCCAUCCCUCAAAUUUUGUUCUGUGAAUGUUCUACCUCUGUAACUUCCAAGGCCUUUCGGAGCUCUUUCUGCAUCAUUCCAUGAUUUUUCCUCUAAUCAUACUCCCUCAGAAAAACCCUUCUUCAUUUCCUAACAUUUCUGGGCUGUUACGAUCCCCAGUAUUCUCUCUAACCAUCCCCCGCGAAUUUACACCUGACACUUGCUGUGACGACAUGAAUGCCCUGUUCACACCUGAUGAAGAUUCAGAGCCAUCACUUUAACCUGAAAAGUCUUCUGAUUUCUAAAUGUGCUCAAAGCCAGGAGAGCUUCUCUAAACUUCUAGCAGCAGUCCUCUUAGGGGACGGGAAUUUGGGAGGCACGGUGUGCUGGACAUCUUUUUCACGUUAUACACCUGAGGGUUAUUUGAGUUUGUUGCACUCAAUGUGUAUUACUUUUAUCAUUAAAAAUAAAGAUAAACAGCUUAUUUGACAAGUUAGUGAAACGCAAAGUAGAUAAAUCAGUUGAAUAAUGUUUUUAGAGAGGUUGUUUUUUAGCAUUGAUUUGACCAUGCCUAUAAUCAAAGUUUGAUUCUAUUUGAAUUAUUUGGAAAUAGUAAUUGUUCUGCUUAUUCUCUGCCUUUUUUUUUUUGGGAGUCCCUUCUUAAAAAAAUCACAAACUUAUACCAAUAACAGUUCAUAAUACUUUGUUGUUUUCUUCCUCCAAAAAAAUAAAUAUAUGUAAUUGAGAAAUAAUUAAUUUCGAUAUUCUUCAUUCCUUUAAAAAUAACUUGAGUACAGAGCUAUAUGAUUGUUGAGUUGUGCCGCCUAGUUUGGUAGGCGGUAACCAUAGGGAGCUAUAAAACAUUCUGUUCUUCAUUCACAGAAGCCGCGUUUCAGGUGCUCACCAGCCAGGGGUGACUAGUGGCUACCUUACUGGGCAGCAGAUACACAGCAUUCCCAUCCUGAUAGAACAGCACUGGUCACGUGUUUUAUUCUUCUCUCACCCACCAUCAAAGUAAAAUUAACUCAAUGUGAAUUCACUUCUGUUUCAUGGAAUAAUCCCACAUGAACUGUCCAUUUAAACCAUCACAUCAUGGCCCCUCAUGAUUCUGUGUUUGACUCUCUACAGAUCAUUAUAAAGCAGAGAGGGGCCUUGAUAGACACCAGGGAGUAUCUGUUUUCAGGAAAGCAAAGUACCUUACUCUAAAUGGAAGUAAACUGUAAGGGUUAGGGUUUCACUUAACAAUCUGAUUUUUUGGUGGUGGUGUAAGUCUAGAGCCUGCAAUUUGUUCUGGUCACGAUCUUCUCCUGUAGGGGAACUAUCCACGUGAUUGUCAUCAGAGGUGUUUGUAUUUUUAAAUUAUUGUCUCUUCAUAAUGUUGAGAAUGAAAGACAAGCUAAUGGAAAAAAAUUUAAAGGGGCUCUUUAUCCUGGGAGGCAAGGAAUACUUUGUUUUAGCCAUUGAUUGUAAGCUUUAAAAAAUCUCUGGUUAUUAACACAUAAUGCAAAGUCUGUAUUUAAAACAUAAA